AGCUAUGCAACAAUGGGUAGACUAAUUCCUUCUCUUGUGGUGAUAUUGAUGUUACUUUUGUUCAUGACUGAGGUUUCUUCAGCAAGAAGAACUCUUGGCAAUAUUCCAUCCUCUAAUCAUAACCAUGGGCAUCAAAAGAUAACAUUUUUAAUGAGGGAUGUGCUGAAUGGUAGUAGCAGACAAUAUUCAGAGAAACCAACAAGUACUAAUGUGAGUGAUCAAAUACCCCAAUCCACUUCAACAAUUCCACUGAAUAAUGCAGCUUCUNAAACCCUAGAUNUGUCUGCUAUUGGCUUCUCUUUUCCCACCAGAGCAACACUUCAAGAGCUGGAGUAUGGAUCAGUAACAUCAAUAGAUGAGGAACUGGUUGAAAGUGAUGGAAAUGAACUGCAAAAUGUUGGAAAAGCAGAAGGAGUGUAUGUAGUUAGCUCUGAGGAUGGAAGUAGCCACAUGGUGGCUAUUACAGCAAGUUUCUUGAAGGGUGGGUAUGAGGAUGGACUGAGACUUUUUGGAGUGCACAAGAGUGAUGUGUUUGAGUCACAUGUUGCUGUUAUUGGAGGCACUGGGAAGUACUAUGAUGCUAAUGGCUUUGCUGCAGUUAAGGUUGUGCACAGAGUAGGAUCUAGUUCUAAAGAUGGAAAAGUGACAAGUUCAAAGUUCCUCUUGUUUGAUGUGUACCUUAGUUAAUUAUAAGCAUCUAUAAAGUACAUAAAUGUUAUGAAAAUCAAUGAAGCAUAUGUUUUCUCUUUA